AAAAUCUAUUCCUAAAAGAGACGACAAAAAGGAUUAGAUAGGAUAUUCGUAAAUAGGACAGACACGAAGAGGAUCGGAUGAAAGUGACUGUAAACAAAACAGUUUUCAAAACACUGCAGGGACCAUCUGGGGAAACAUUCAUAAUCACAUUGACAAAGUAAUUCAGAAUGAUAACGUCAUCGGAAGAGAGCGACAUGGAUGAAGCUGACCUAGAUGACUCUCUGCCAUUCCUAGGAGUAGAUGAAGAUGACUUCGCAAAACCAAGCAAGGGAGACAGGACAGACUACGAAUACCUCGUCAACGCAGAGUUCUCCGACCAGCACCGAACUGACCAGCUGGAGAAGCUAGACAAGGAAAUCACACUGUUUAAUUAUAAGGGUGAAGAUGUUCCAGUCAAUCCAGUAGAUGUCCUAUAUGUUGAACAAAGGCAGAUUGAAUUAAAUCCACCUGGAAAAGUAUUGUUUUCAAAUGAUCACCAUAGUCUUUAUACAGAAGAUACAUUGGUGUGGCCAUUCAUAGAUUCCUCCUCAAAUCCUCUAGGAAGUCUCUCUCCAGAUAAGGUGAAGAUGUAUAUCAAGGAGGGACUUUUUCAGAGAGUAUAUUCAUCAAAAGGAACAACCAAACUUAUGAUGAAGUACUUGUUCCACCUCUGCUGUUGCACAACAGAUAUGGAGCUACUCUACCCAACAUACAACACUCUCUGCUAUAUAGCGGAGAACAACGAAUGUCACUUGAAUAUUUUCCCGGAGCUUUAUUUAGCAUUAGCUAAUUUAGGUGCAGACAUGAAAAAGUGUGGCAAGGACCCAUCUCAUAUAAAAUCCCCAGUGCUGCCUCCCUCUCCCACAGUGGACCCCCCUGAACAGCUUGUCUCAGUGAAAAAAAAUUUAGCUAUGAUGCUACAGUUCCUGCAAGUGCUGUUGACCCACAGCAGAAAGUGCAGCGAGGACGACUUGGACGAGCUGAUCAAGAUAUUUGUGGCCAUUGGUAUAGAUCCGAUGGUUAUCAACACUGGGUUAGACUUGCAGGUUUCUACGUGUAUUAGUCGCACUCUCAACCUGUACCCAUCGCAGCUGGCGUUUUUUCAGAGAGUUCAAGGCCUUGUAGAAUAUAUAAUCACCUACUGUGGUUGUAAUCAUCACACAGUUUCUCAUGUGUGUACCUCAUAUAUUCAGCCAACAUGCCUUGGACAAAUAUUACGCAAAUCUGUUGCUUUCCUGCAAGUGGAGCUCUCACUCAAAGCAGAAGAGAAAAACUGUCUAGAUCUAGUUGAAAUAGAUGAUGUGCUGCAACUCAUCGAAAACCAGCUGGAGGUUAUAAGUGCGGAAAAGGAUGGAUACCUACUGCACUCUGUCAUGAAGCUCUUGGUUUGCUGCGUAGGAGAUGGGCCCUUCACUCCCGCGCAGAAGAAAUCACUGAGACAUAUUUGUGAUCUCCUUAACCCAGUCAUCACAAAUAAAAGGGUCAAGGUUGAGGACAUGUACUCAAGUCUCUUUCGCUUUUACUCAAGACGGGUGAUUGAUAAGUGGAAAUGCCAGGCUGGUACAACCGGACGACAGCAAACACUACACGAGAUGCAAACAAGUUCAGAAAACAGAGUAGAGAAUGACCCGAGUCCAGAUAUAUCCCGGUAGCAGAGCUCGCAAAACGAGUGUUAUUGAAAAUGGGAUGCCAUAAUGAAAGAUUUUUUUUUUCUUUCUUGCACUCAAAACAAUUUUUGGUACAAAUUAUUCUUCCCGGGGAAAAGUUAUCAAAACAAGGUUGUAAUUUGGAAAUGGCCUUGUAGAUGUUUCAUAUAGAAAUUUAUCUUAUUUUUUUGCAAGUAAGUUCUGCUAUAGGCUGUUAGAAAGGAUA